CAAUUGAUAGAUGAAAUAAAUGAAUUAUGACAUUAGGAUGAUUAGGAACGAUAGAUGACGCUAAAGCCCAUGAAUCGUAUAUUAAUUAUGUUCUAACAUAUUAUAAUACACAUCAUAACAAUUUUUGGCAAGUGGUUGAAGCAGUAUUUAAAAGAUGCCUGGCAUAGAUUGGAUACCGGGCGUAUCGCAUGUGAAGUCCUUGGUUCAAGCGGUUACCGGUGAUACUGAGGGUGCCGCAAGAACAAUGGAAAAUUUUCAUAAGGAAUGUCCGAUAGUUUCACAAGUAACUUCUAUAGUACAACUUGCUGCAGGAGAUGCGGAAGGUGCAUUAGAAACCCAGAAAAGAUGCUUGGGUACCGUAAACAAUGUCGCAAAUGGUAUUCCUGUUAUUGGACAUGCAAAAGGUCUUGUCCAUCAUGCUGUCGGGGAUCAUGAAGGUGGAAAUCAAGCGUUUAAUGCAGCAACUCGAUCUACAGUUGUUGUCGCAAGUGGUGCCGCUGCUGGUAUAGCAACAGGAGGAAUUGGCGCUAUUCCCGCUGGAAUAGCAGCUGGUGUUGGCUAUGAUGCUACUGCAAGUGCUAUAUCCGGUGAAGAUCAAGGGUAUAUUGCAGCAUUUAAAAAUGCUGUCGAUAAUCCUUCAGCGGGCGCAUUUAUCGAUGCGAUCGCUAUUCCAGUAGGUGAUGGUUUGGCCGGCUAUUCGGGAGGACAAAUUGCGAAUAAAAUACACUUAAAUAAUUUAAAAGCUCUUAGAGCAGCUAAAUUGGAACAGAUCGAUGCCGCUGCCACUAGUGGCGAAGCAUUGAAACUUGGACGUGAAGCAAAUGCUUUAACUGCGAAAAUAAAUACGCUUGAAACUGGUACUCCGCACUAUUGGAAUGAUCCAAAGUCCGGAAAAGUUGCUGCGGAGGCAUCCACUUCAAAAGUUUCAGUCCCGGUUUCUGGAUACGUUGACAAAAAUAAGCAGGAAGAAGAACAAAUUGAAAAUGUUAUCGCAGGCAUAAGGGAUUAUGUAGUCCUCAACAAUGACGUUUGCCAAGAUACUGCUUUUGAACGAGAGGAUGCAUUAUACCAUGAUUCAUACGUGGAGGCAAUUGAAGUUAAGGAAAACAGGAAACAAGCGCAAAAACAAAUGUACGAACGUGACGAACAACCACCGAAGAAAAAUAUUUUUGAUCUAUUUUCGAGCGUGGAAUUUACUACGCUAUCCGAUUUGCUGAAAAGUAUUAAUAAAGAUCCAAAUCGUGAGCCAAAUCGUGAUCCAAAUCGUAAACCAAAUAAUAAUUCGAGACCAUUGUUAACGUUUCCGUGGUUACGUUUGGUUAUGCCGGAAGAAUUUCGAUAUACGGUAGUAGCUCAGUUAAACAGCUGUUAUAGAGGCUUAUAUCACAGUUUCAUUCGUCAUAUGAAUGAUUGGGCACAAGUUAUUCCCUCUGAUAUUAGUGCAGCAAUUGAACGUCUUUCUCCACUUCUGACCGAGAUUGAUCACGUUGUUUCCGCGAAUGAUCAAUACGAUGCUGCAGAAGCCACAAAGAAAUUUUUAGAAGCUAGAAGAGGACUAGAUUUUGAAGAAUAUGAAGAUCUACAAAAAGCAUUAGUUGAAAUUCAAAUGUCAAUCCAUCGUUUCAUUCAAGAAAAUAUCACCUUCGACAAUUAUCAAGGAAGAAGUCUUAAUAUGAAUGGUCAGGAGCGACUAUAUUUUAGAGUGGAAACGGAAGUGGGGACAAAAGCCAUGGUUAUUUGCCUAUCGGAGCGACUUCAGCCUAUUACAGGAGAUGUGUGCCCAAUAAGAAUACUUGUAACGGUAUACUUUGAAUCAUGGAAUGAUUUCAAGUCUCACGGUCUGCUUGAAACAAAAAAAGAAAUGGAACAGAACAGAAAAAAAUGAAAUCUUUGUACAGUUUAUACAUAUA